AAUUUCUGUUCAUCAAGAGAACAAAUUGAAGCUGCAACCAGGUUUCUGUUUGAUUUUCAGAAGCUGCGUUGCACUUCACAUCUGCAGCAAAGAGGGUCAGGAUUGACAAAGGCAACGCCCGCGCCGUUUCCACUUGGCGUCUCUCUUACGUUUAGUUUUUUGAAAGGGGGCGCUGCCCAUUCUCGAGGAAGGCUUCCGCGACGUCGAUACUCGCACAUACGCGUAUAUACAGGUUUGUUGCGAGCAAGUCGAAGUGGCAGUUUUUUUCGAGCGACGCGCGCGUUUUGAAAAAAAUGGACUACUUUUACAAAACAGAGAACACGGAUGGCCUUCGCUUUUCAUGGAACAUAUGGCCAAACACGCAGGAGAUGGCCAAAAAGCUGGACGUGCCGAUUGCGUGUUUGUACACGCCGAUGAACAGGUUUGACGAUGACGAUAUCAGAGUGUACUACGAGCCUCUUAUGUGCAAGGGGCCGUGCAAGACGUUUCUCAACCCCUAUUGCCACGUCGACGCGGACGCCAAGUACUGGAACUGUCCGUUUUGCGGACAGAGAAAUCACUUCCCGCAGAGAUACGCGGGGAUCACGCCGUCCAAUUUGCCUAGAGAGGUGAUGCCGGAGAUGACUAGCAUCGAGUACGUGUUACCCCCGCGCGUUGGACGCCAAGACGAGCGCAGGCCCGGGUCGGUAUUCGCGUUCGUCAUCGACAUAUGUUGCGACCAAGAGGAGUUGCGCGCGCUCAAGAACUCGAUUUUGGAAGUGCUCAAGGUGAUUCCGCCGACGUCUUUUGUGGGCGUGAUCACGUUUGGGAGCAUCGUCCAAGUGUACGACUUGGGCUUUCCUUACUGUUUCAAGAGUCACAUUUUCAGGGGAGAUGAAGACGUGGAUAGUAAAAAGCUCCAACAAGCGCUCAAGACACACUCCAAGACGUCGACGCAGUCUCGUUUUUUCCUGCCGGUUUCCCAGUGCGAGGCCAAUUUCAGGGCCAUCAUCGAGCAGAUUCACCCGGACCCGUGCCCCGUGAAGAACGACAAGAGGCCGCUGCGGUGCACCGGCGUGGCCGUGGCCGUGUCGGUAUCGCUGCUCGAGUGCUUCUUUCAAGAAGUCGGCGGACGUAUCAUGAUGUUCAUGAGCGGCCCGUGCACCGUCGGGCCCGGAAUCAUGGUGUCGGACAGUCUGUCUGAGCCCAUGCGGUCCCACCACGAACUCAACAACGAGACCACCAAGUUUGUGAGGUCUGCCUCGAAAUUCUAUCAGGAGCAGGCCGCGCGCGCGUCCAAGGCCGGACACGCCGUCGACCUCUACUCCUGCUCGUUCGACCAGACCGGGCUGUUGGAAAUGCAGGCGCUUCCCAAAGACACCGGCGGCGUCGUCGUGCUUUCUGACAGCUUCGCGUUUGACACUUUUCAAAAAAGUUUCGCCAAAGUUUUUGACUCCAAAAUCGUACCGAACCAGCCCUUUUCCUAUCCGACCAUGGGGCUCCGCGCCACCCUCGAAAUCGUCACCAGCCACUCGCUCAAAAUACAGGGCGCCAUAGGACACUUCACCUCGCUCAAAAAGAAGUCCUCCAGCGUUUCCUCCUCGGGCGAAAUAGGACUCGGCGGCACCUGUCUGUGGAAAAUCAACUCCCUUGAUCGCAACUGCACCUACGCCUUCUACUUCGACAUCGAGCCCCCCUCCAGACCGCCGCCCCACCACCCGACCCACGGCAUGAUCCAAUUCAUUACCAAGUACCAGGACUCCCUGGGAAACCUCGUCGUCAACGUCACCACCUCCGCGCACCCCUGGAUCCACCCGGGCUCCCCCCUCAAGUCCCUCCUGCAGGGAUUCGACCAGGAGGCCGCCGCCUCCCUCAUGGCCAGGCUCGCCGUCUUCAACCACGAAAAUCACUCCAAAAACCCCACAAGGUGGCUCGACCGACACCUCAUCACUCUCCUCUACCACUUCUCGGACUUUCAUAAGAACGAGCCCUCUUCGCUCCUCAUCCCCCAGGAAAUGUGCAUCUAUCACCAGUUCAUGUUCUACCUGCGACGCGGCGUCCUCAUCCAGUUCUUCAACAACUCCCCAGACGAAACCGUCUUCUACAGGUUCUACCUCCACAGAGAAUCCGUCUCCAACAUCCUCGUCAUGAUCCAGCCCACCCUCGACAGCUACACCCUCGACAACGAGCCCAUCCCCGUCCACCUCUCCGCCGACAGCGUCCUCCCCACCAACGUCCUCCUCCUGGACACCUAUUUCUACAUAGUCAUACACUACGGCUCCACCAUCGCUCAAUGGCGCGACGCGCAAUACCACCUCAACCCGGAGUACUCCAACCUCCUGGAACUCAUACAGCUCCCCAAGGCCGACGCCCUCGACCUCCUCUCCAACCGCAUGCCCGUCCCCAUCUACAUCGAGUGCGACCAGAACUCCAGCCAGUCCAGGUUCCUGAUGGCGUCCGUCGACCCCUCCAUCACGCACAAGACCAGCCGCUUCGGCAACUCUCAGCAGGAACAAGGACAGGUCAUCCUCACCGAAGACGUCAACCUCCAGAUCUUCUUUGACUUCCUCAAAAAACGCGUCGUCUGCCACGAGUAAAAAAAAAAAAAUUUUUUUUUUAAUAAAAAACAAACCGAAUCGCCGUCAGUCGCCCGUUCUAAUCUCCGCCAUG